AUCUCAUAAAAAAAAAUGGAUCCGACAACGUUGCCGGGUCAAGCGAAUCCAACCGAGCAGCGUAGAUCGGGACAGCAAGGCACGCAGGGAGGCCAACAGCAGCAAAGCCGUGCUCGUGGUCGAGGACGCGGUGGACAUGGGCAUGGUCAUCAGCAUGCGAAUCAUCAUGCCAACCCGAGUGGUCAUCACCAACACGCUGGUCCUCCUGCUGUUGCUGCUGCUGCUGGUGGUGGUGCUAGUCCUGCAACACGAGGCGGUGGACAGCAGCACAGCCAUGCUCACGAUGCUGGACAACGCCAUGCGCACCAUCACGGAGCACCGUCACCCAGGCACGACCAUGCACAUGGAACGGCGACGGGUCAUAACCAUGGCACUGCUGGGAACAACCACCACAACCACAACAACCACAAUAGCCAUAGCCAUAGCCAUGGUCAUGGUCAUGGUCAUAGCCACGACCAGCAUCCAAACCACCAGAAUGCUGCUGCUGUUGCUGCUGGAAACGCACCGGCACCCGCGAACGACGAGCCAGAGUCCGAGGAAGCCGCCUUCCGUCGUGUAGUCAACGCCUUCCGAGCGUACGCCGAGAACGCCCAGCGCCGAAUCGCCACUGCAGAGCAGCACAUGAUUGUCGGGACCCGUCCAGAGCAGCGUCGACACCUGCCAAUGAACAUGCUGCGGACUGUCUUCCAACAGCUGCGAACGGCCGUCUCGACCAAUGCCGCGUUCAUCAAUGAGAUGCUGAGUCACGAUUCGCUGUUCGACCUGCAGGAUCAUGCGGACGAGCGCGUAACGCAAAUUGCAGCAGUAAAUCAACAAUUGCAUGGUGCUGGGCUUGGUGGGCUGUCCCCACCCACCGAAUUCGAGCUGGACAAGGUCCGUUCGACGCUCAAGCAGUUUGCACGGGAAUGGAGCAGCCAUGGUCAAGCAGAGCGUGAUGCAUCGUUCAAUCCUAUUCUCGAUGUGUUAAAGUCUGAGUUUCCAAACCCGCAAGGCUUUACUGUGCUUGUUCCUGGCACCGGUCUUGGUCGUUUGACGUGGGAGGUUGCACGUGCAGGGUUCCGUGCUCAAGGAAACGAAUUUUCAUACUACAUGCUGCUUGCCUCAAACUUUAUUUUAAACCAGGUCCAGACGCCUCUCGAGUUGUGCCCGUUCAUCACGCAAUUCUCGAAUAACUUUACCCGAAGCCUCCAACUGCGGCAAAUCACUGUGCCCGAUGUGGAUUUGCGAUCGCUUCCUGAUACUUGCGAGCUCUCAAUGUCCGCUGGCGACUUUUCGGCCAUUUAUACCGAGCCAGAUUCAUGGGACGCCGUUGUAACAUGCUUUUUCGUCGACACCGCCAAGAACAUUCUGGACUAUGUUGAGACAAUCAUGAACGUGCUUCAACCUGGAGGCAUUUGGAUUAAUCUGGGUCCACUGUUGUACCACUUCUCUGACACCCCCGGCGAAACAUCGGUCGAGUUGAGCUUUGAGGAGUUGCGGCAUGUGAUUCUUUCGUAUGGUUUCUCGAUUGAGCAAGAGCGUUACCCAAUUUCCACGCCCUAUAUUGAUUCCACGGAAGCCAUGAUGCACACACAGUACGAGUCGGUAUUUUUCGUUGCCCGGAAGCCGCUUCAACCGGCUGCUCCCAUCCGAUAAUCAAAGAAAGGGUUGGUGAUGCUGCCUGUAGAGUGACUGGAAGUUGUCAACCACGAAAAUCAUUCGAUUUGCGCGUGAGCGGCCUGCCAAAAAAUAAAGCUUGUAUUUUUUUUUGUGGGAAUUUUU